GUUGGUACGGCCUUCCUCAUCUGAUUUGGGAUAGCUUUCAGGCUAUGCGAGUAACAGUACAUAUAAAAUGAUUCUGCCUUGGCAAAAUCUGCCAUGAAGUUCUGCGCAGUCUUGGGGUUUUACCGGGAAAUUGAUGGACAAGGUGCUGAUCUUUGAGUGUUAUUGAUGUCUUGUCUCCAGAGUCUCUAGUCAGGAGCUGGGUCAAAAUGGCAAGGUUAGACAUUGACUGUGUAUUCGAAUCACACUUACAAGAUACUAUGAGACAGGCGGGCAGAUGGGUAGGCGAUCCGCGGGGUUGAAUCCUUUCGUUCACGAUAUUGUAAGAAUGAGGUGAGCAGCGAAGGGCGAUAAUCUAUCAGCUCUGAUGUUUAUCCGUCUCUGUGUCGGGGCGAAUCGCUUGUUGUUUGAUAGCCGUAGAGUCAUGGCGGUACGAUAUUUCCCGUUAUUAUCCCUCUCCUAUUUCUCUCUUUUGCUACGAAACUUUCGUUUCUGUUGUGGCAAAUUUGGAUCUCAGUCUUGGUUGGGAUCUUAUCGGAUUGCCCUGAAGUUCAACUUCGAGGUUUUCAGAAUCAAUGAAUCCGUUGGCGACAAGUAUUCUGUCACGGUUUGCUUUGUGUGCCCGGCCGGAUUCCAGCGUACCUGCGUGCAUAACACCAACUUCCAUUUCAUCACCCAUCAUGAUUUACUAGAUAGCUCACUGAGAAGUAUGAUAUUCUACUGGAUCAAAUUCUCGUCGAGGCCGUUUGUGUUCUCAGGUAUUCGUGGAUUCUUGAUAGCUAAGUAAAAACCCAGGAAUCAAUCUAAAUUAUACUAAUUAAAUAAAAUAAGCUAUUUGGAAUUCAAUUCUCAGAAUACUCAAUUAUUAAGUUCUGACUUGGUACUAUAAUAAUCCCA